UAGCCAAUAACUAGAUUGCUGCUGUAGGGUUAUGGCGAUCUGAACAUGGCAGCCUUCAUAUAGCAUGUGAAGGUCAAACUAGUGUUUGUUGAACAAGUCAUAUGUGACAGGUUGCGUUAUACUUCGGGUACAACACUACAAAGUUUCAAGUAGUUUUCACAGAAUCAGAGCUGACACACUCGGGAUGAUUUGAGAACAUUCGUUGCGUCAUUUUCAGAUACUGAGGCUGUUCAAUGCCAGUGUCAUCAUGGUGGGCCGGGAGAUCAAGAGGUCACAGUAUCUGCGGGGAACACAGGCGUUCAAGGCUCGAAACUGGUUCAUCUUUACAGCCAUGACAUCCUCCAUCCUUUCAGGACUUGCCAUGAUAUAUUUUUCAAUGAUGACAUGACUCGGCUGUACAACAAACUCGAGAAGAACAGGGAAUGGAAACAGCAACGUCAGGAUCGACUCCAAGAAAUCUACCAGCGCCGUGCUGGUGAGUCAGCUGUUGACAAGAAGGAGUAAAUCUGGGUAUACCUGCAAGAUAUUUGUAAUGUGUUGUGGACAAGAAGGAGUAGAUCUGGGUAUACGAGAUAUUUGUAAUGUGUUGUGGACAAGAUUUAUGAACAGCAAUAGUUUAUUGUGAGUUAAAACUGGACCUACUUUGUGUAUUGGAGACCAUUGCAAGUGACUGGGUGUCGUCUGAUCAAGUCGUAACUUUUGGAUUACGCAGCUGGUUGAAACAACUUGACCACUAAAGGUGAAUGGAAAAGAACUUUAACUUGAGAUGUCUCUCUUCACCAAGUAACAGGACAGGAUUGAGGAGGUCUGGUGAACUUAAGAAAUAUCUGACAAGAUGGAGAAGACGAAGGAAGAAAGACAGUCAGGAAGCUCUGUGGAGGAGGAUGGAGGCAGUGCAGACUCUGCCGCUUCAGCGAAAUCAGUUGGCGUGAAGAAGAGCAAGUUGUCCCUCCAGAAGCAGAAUAUGGAAGACAAACUGACGAGGCUGACUACUUCUGGAGCCGAUCUGGAUGAAACGGGAGAAUUUAAGGAUGGACACAUGUUCAGUUUCUGCCGGAAACAAACCUGGGCAACCUCAAAGGGCAAACACAGCGAGGAGGCUGUGAAGGGCAAGGACAGCAGACGUGAAGGUGUGGUUGUUGCCAGAAAGAAAAAGACAGUUCAAUCAAAAACAGAAAAUAUGAUUGAGAAAGGACCUGAAGGUGAUGAAGAUAAAGACAGGAGUGUGACCGUCAAGGACGUUGAUGGAAGACAGCGGUCAGCGAGGUCAGGGAAACUGGGUGACACUGAUAGGCCGAGUAACAAGACUCGGGCAAGAGGAGUGGUCAGUUCUGGGGCAGUGCCCAAUAUACGAUGUUGUCCAACAUGUAAACACAUGAUGGCCGAUGAGGUUUUCAAAGACCACAUCAAGGAGUGUCUGCAGCAAUUCCACAUCGCCUCUAAAGACAGAAGACGGAAAGUUGAGGUGAUGUUUGCCGAAAUGGAAGAGAAGAUUGAGAGGCGCCGCAACCGUUUUUUAGAGAAGGGAAAUGGUGGCGAUGUGGUGAUGGAUGACGAUUACUUCAUGUGUCAGAUCUGUCAGAAGGAUCUGUCACACAUGAACUCCCAGCGACGGACACAGCACAUGAACCGCUGUAUGGACGAGGCUCUGAUGAAGGACAACAAACUGCAGGAGAAGCCAGAGUCUGGGGAGUGUGCUCAGCUGAUAAUCUUAGACUGCCCAAUGUGUGGAAAACCACUGAAGACAGAAUCUAGUCGGAAGGUGCACCUGAAGCAGUGUGCGCUCGGAUGCUGAACGUGACGACAGAGAUGAUGUUGCAGGCCGUCAAGGCUCAGGAGGAAGAGCACAAGGUGAAGAUGUCCACUGGGAUUGCUCCACCGCCGAGCAGGGAAGUUUCAAAAAAGAAGUCAGCUGCUGGAACCCAAGGGAAGAAACAGACAAAGAAGAAAGCGAAA